UCCCUGCUGCAGACGUUCGAGGCCAACUCUUGCGGCGACGCCCUCGGGGGGCUCGGCGACACCACCCGCGCGAUGCUCUCCCUACCCCCGGACGUCGUCCUCGACGCUUCGCUCUCCCAGGUCGACCCCGAGGCGCCCAGUUGGAUCGGCGACGACCCCACGGCCUUCAAGCUGCUCCCCGGCAUCACGCAGGUUUGGCAGCUGUGGGAGAUUACUCUGCUAGACGGGGGCGUUCUCGAGUCGCGCAGGUUCAAGGAAGGCAUGUCAUCUUGGAUGCUCUACGUCCCUCUGUCCUCCACCUCAACCCUCGACCAUUACAUUUUCCAUGCCAAGGGCUGCGUACAAGUUCCACUCGUUUCUGACGACGGCGCCACCUGGGGUUCCGUGGUGUUUCCCAUCCCCGUGCUCAUCGCCUUCCCCACGCUCCCCCUCACCGACGGGCUGCGCAUCAACUCCGUUGCCUUGAUCGCUUACCUUGAGACCGCCGCGGCCGCU